AUGCUCAUAAUUCUUUAACUUUUGGUUUAUUAAGUCUAAUCUGAAUCUAUUUAGAUUCUAACCAAAUAAGAAGCUAUCUUAGAUGUCUUUAGUUCAUCUGGAAUAAUCCUCGAAUAAUAAUUAACCGAUUAAAGUUUGUGUCAUAUCAUUCCAUAAUAACUAGUGGCUCAUGACAUUGAUGAUAAUUCAAUAACCUUAAUUGAAAGCUAUAAGGAUGAUUUAUUUAGUUAAAAUUUUGAACUUGGAUCAUUUAUAGGAAAAAUAGGAAAAAUUAUUAAAUUUGUUUAAAUUACUAAUGGUGUUCUUGUGUUAUAAGAUGAUGGUCAAUUAAAGUAUUUAAAUUACUAAAAUAAUUCAUUUCAUUUAAAAUCUACAUUCAAAUUAGAAAUAGAGAAAUUUGCAUUAGAAGGCAAUGUCUUCUUGGAAUAUUUCUAUUAUUAAUAAUAAGUUUUAUUGAUAGCAAAUACUUAAACAAUAGCCUUAGAUAUAAUUCAUGAUGAAGAUGAUUUGUAUAUAAAAUAAUAUAAGAUUUAUGAAUAAUGGUAAAUCUCACACAUCAAUAGCAUAGCUACAGUUGGUAAUAUUAUGAUUGUUGCAAUGGAUUCUGGUAUAAAGAUUUUUGAAUUUAAAGAUCAUGUAUUAAAUGAAAUAAUGAUCGAUAUCAAUUAGAUUAACCGUGUUUCAGAUGUUAAAAUAUUUAAUAAAAAGAAUAAUGAACUUUAUUACAUUUAUUUGUUAGAUACAAUCUAAGGAAUUAAUCAAUAUAUCUUUAAUACAGUGACUUAGAAAUUGGAACAUAAUUCUAAAUUAGGAAUUAUUCCAUAUCCAGGAGAUAUUCUUGAUAUCUAUGGUGAAAUUUUAAUGGUUGUGAAAGAUAAAUAUUUGUAUGAAAUUAGAGUUGAUUAUUAUCGAAAUACAUUCACUCUUGUUAAAUAACAUGAAUUAGAAACAGAAAUUGUUGAUAUAGAAUUGACAGAAUAAUUUGCAAUUGUAAUUGGUAAAAAUGGUCAUUAAAUUUUAUUUCACUCAAUUCCAUCCACUUAUUCUUAAUUUGAGUGGAUGAAUUAAUUAGUUAUACCUAAUUUAAAAUAAUUGGGAAUUUUGUCUUUAAAUUUAGAUCAAUAGAACUUAUAAAUUAAAGAGACAAAUUCUUCUCAUAAUAUUAUUAUUGGAAUUACUUAACAUAAAUUCUUUUAUUCAAAAGUGGAAUUGGUAAAUAUCUUAAUUAUUCGAAUUAGGAGUAAUCUUUCAUUUAAUGUUAUUCAGAUGAAAUCACUUCUGAAAUUGUAUUGAAUUAUAGUCACAAGGCUACUAAAUGUAAAACUAAUUUGAAAAGGAGAGAAUGUGAAUUAAUCAAAAGUUAUACAAUCUAAUUCGUAGAGCCCAAAGAGUUUGGAGGUAAUAAAUAAACGUACUUAUUAAUAAUAUUGCUCUACAUAGCAAUAUUAUUACUAUUUAUUUUAUUUAUUGGAUCCUUAAUCUAUCUCUAUAAGAAAUAUCAAAUUGAGCCUCGAAAACAUUAAAGCGAUCAAACUCCUGAUGUAACAUAAAAUUUGAAAACAGACCAUUAAAACAAUUUUCCAUUGCCAUCGUCGAACAAGUUAGUCCCUGUCUCUAGAGAUGACCAAACACCAAUCUCUGAAUAGCGAGAUCAAAUGAAUCUAUAACUUCGAAGUAAUAGACCUGUAACACAAGAAAAUGGUGAUUUAUCUCCUGGACCCUUUGAAGUCAGUUGA